UCCUCCCUUUGGCCCGCUGCAGCAUCCCGCAGGACCAUGGCGGCGCCGCAGCUCUUCCGCGCGCUGGUGUCGGCGCAGUGGGUGGCGGAGGCGCUGCGCAGCCCGGGGACCUCGCCGCCCCUGCGCCUGCUGGACGCCUCGUGGUACCUGCCCAAGCUGGGCCGCGACGCGCGGCGGGAGUUCGAGGAGCGCCACCUGCCCGGAGCCGCCUUUUUUGACCUCGACCAGUGCAGUGACCACGAGUCCCCCUACGACCACAUGCUGCCCAGCGCCGAGCGCUUCGCCCAGUACGCAGGCAGCCUGGGCGUGAGCGCGGCCACGCACGUCGUGGUCUACGACGGCAGCGACCAGGGGCUCUACUCGGCGCCCAGGGUCUGGUGGAUGUUCCGUGUCUUCGGCCACAGCACCGUGUCGCUGCUGGACGGUGGCCUCCGUCACUGGUUGCGCGAGAAGCUUCCGAUCAGCUCGGACCACAGCCACCCCGAGCCCGCCCAGUUCCGCGCGCAGCUCGACCCGUCCUUCAUCAAGACGUUUGAGGACAUGAAGGAAAACCUGAAGUCCAGGCGCUUCCAGGUGGUGGACGCCCGCGCGGCUGGCCGCUUCCAAGGCCUCGAGCCUGAGCCCCGAGACGGCAUCGAGCCCGGCCAUAUCCCAGGUGCCAUGAACAUCCCAUUCACAGAAUUCUUGACCAAAGAGGGCCUGGAGAAGAGCCCUGAGGAGGUCCGCCGUCUGUUCCAGGAGAAAAAGGUGGACUUGUCCCAGCCCCUGGUGGCCACCUGUGGCUCUGGUGUCACUGCCUGCCACGUUGCGCUAGGGGCUUACCUCUGCGGCAAGCCCGACGUGCCCAUCUACGACGGCUCCUGGGUGGAGUGGUACAUGCGUGCCCAGCCAGAGCACGUCAUCUCAGAGGGCCGAGGGAAGAGCCAGUGAGGCCAGCUCCGUUCAAGUGACAUCUGACCACCAGCAGUGCCAGCCUGGUCAUUUUGACUUUGCCUCAUCGAAAGAUUGCUUCCUCAUCCAACUCGGAUGGUAUUCGAGAUGACAUCCCAGUGACCAGGAAUUCAACUGACUCAUGAGUACCCAGUGGAGGCAGGAGAAGUGCCCAGGCAGCAAUAGACGGGCACCUGGGGGAGGAGGUGGAGCCCCAGAAUUGCCCACGUGCUGUUUAGCCAAGACCCACCUCCCUUCUAUUUUCCUGUUGAAAAAUAAAAUGCCAAGCUCAAAAGCCUUGUA